AAUACACCUUUAACUUUUCCUUAUAAGCAGGAAAACAUAUUUGGUUCUAGAACAGAAAACCGGGUUGAAUCCUUUGUAACUUGUAUUGAAUUAUCGGAAAAUCAAGUUUGUUGAUAUGACGAGUCUCAACUUCGAUGACCAAGAUGGGAUACUGAGGACAAUUUCGGAUGCACCACCAACCCAUUACACACUAAAAGUACAAUCGAUUUCGUUGCUCACCAAACAUAACUUGGAGAAAUAUGAAUCUGGGGAUUUUGAAGCCGGAGGAUACAAAUGGAAACUGGUUUUCUAUCCAAAUGGAAACAAGAAGAGGAAUGUGAAAGAUCACAUCUCUCUCUACUUGGUAAUGUCUGGAGCAACUGCUCCCCAGAUUUCUUCGGAAGUGUAUGCUGUUUUCAGGUUGUUUAUACUCGAUCAGAACAACGGCAAUUACUUCGUUCUUCAAGAACCAAAGGAAAGGAGGUUUUAUGGGAUGAAACUCGAUUGGGGAUUCGAUCAAUUUCUCUCCCACAAAGAUUUCACUGAAGCUUCAAAUGGAUUUCUCAUAGAUGACACGUGUGUGUUGGGAGCAGAGGUUUUCCUUUCUAAAGAGAGAAGCAAAGGCAAAGGAGAGCGUCUAUCAAUGGUAAAGGAUCCUGUUAUGUACAAGAAUACUUGGAGGAUUGACAACGUAUCAAAGCUAGAUGCGGAAUCCUACGACUCAAAAACAUUCAUUGCUGGAGACCAGAAAUGGAAGAUGCAGCUCUAUCCCAAUGGAAAAGGCAAUGGAGUUGGAACCCAUCUGGCUUUUUAUCUGGCGUUAGCCGAACCGAAAUCUCUUCCUCCUGGCUGUCAAAUAUAUGCAGAGUUUACCCUACGGAUCCUAGACCAGCUGAAUGGAAGGCAUGACUAUGGUAAAGCUAAUUACUGGUUUAGUGCCUCAAAUUCGGUGAGGGGAUGGAUGAGAUUUAUUACUCUAGGAUUAUUCAAGCAGGCAAACAUGGGGUUUGUGUUGAAGGAUACUUGCAUUGUGGAGGCAGACGUCACUGUCCAUGGAAUUACUGAUGCACUGUAGUCAAAUGGUAAAAUAGUACAAAAUUCUUGCUAUAUGAAACUGUGGGGGUGUAAAAUAGUAAAAAUAGUCGAAUAAUGUGUUAAAAACACAUUCAUUUCACUUGUGAAUACCAAUAUUGUAUCGUUUGUGACUACAUGGUGGAUGUAUUUGCUCUUCA